CUCAACUCUUCGUUUGCGGCCAGAUUCCUUACUCUUUUAUUACGCAGCUUUCACAAUCACCAUGUCCGAGAAGCCUGUGGGCGAGAAGCCCACCAAGAUAGGUACGGCGUCGGGCGCCGAAUCCCCGACCACAGCCCGCGAGCUCGAUUUCGACGACGAGCACGACGCAACCGUAGAAGGCGCUGAGCACGUCGCAUCUCCGCCACCAUCCUCGAAAUCACCGAAGCCGGGUGUGCGCUUCUCAGACGACGCCACCGAGAUCCCGCCGCCGAAGCCUCCACGCCCAAUGAGCCCGCAGCAGCAGGCGGAGAACACGUUGAUCGAGGCCUUCCCGGGCAUCGACGCGAAGGUGGUCAAGGCGGUACUCGUGGCCAGCUCAUGGAAGGUGGAGCCAGCGUUCAAUGCGCUGCUGAGCAUGUCGGAUCCCAACUUCAAGGCCGAGGAGACUCCGCCGCCCCAGCCGCCGCGACCGUCACAGCAGCCCCGCAGCCAGGUUGAGCAGGACGAAAUCUAUGCGCGCCAACUUGCGGAGCACUACCAGAGCAGCUAUCAGGGAUACGGCUCGCGCCUGCGCGGCGAUCCUCCAGCGCCCCAUCCGCGACGCGACACUGGUCUGAAGCCGAAUGAGCUCCAUGACGGCAAAGAACACAGCUUCUUUGAUGAUGACCUCCCGGAGAUUCGCCGCAACAUCGAGCAGGGCUUCCGUGAGACGCAGACAAAGGUAAACAGGUGGAUCACCGACUUCAAGAAGAAGCUCGACGGCGAGCCGGACGAGUACGACAAGUACGGGAACCCGGUGCCGCACCAAGAACAGCGCCAGAACUUCGGCCCGUCGCAGUCAGACCAGAUGCAUGGUGUUCGGAGGUCGGCCGAGACGCGCCGGUCAGCGGAUCGCGACCGUUACGACUCCGACAACAGGAUGCUUGGCGACGAUUUCGAGGCUCUAGAACUGAGGGAUGAUGAAGCCCCAGCUCAGCACAGGCCGAAUCGUCCUCUCGCGAACCCCGACCUCUUCAAGCCCACGCCGGUCUCACCACCCCAGUCCGGCCCCGUUGAUGAAGUCGAUGCCCUCUACCGGAAUCCGUCCCCCAAUAACCAGACAUCAAACACCCAAGGCAAGUCAGGCGGCAAGAAGUGGCAGCCCUUGACGUCAGUAGCGCCGCACCCCGAGCCCGACGAGCACGACCCGUUCAGCCUAGGAGACAGCGACGAAGAAGAGGCAAAGGCUAAGGACAUCAAGGCCGAGGAUACUGAGCGGCUGAAGAAGGCAGCCGAGAGCAAGGAGGGUGCUCCCGGCGAGCUGAGUCCUGCAGGACGGAGCGGCAGCGUGGGGCAGAAGGAUGCGGCGGCUGAGGCGCUUCUGAAGGAGGCGAAAUGAUUUGAGUUUCCGGGCGAUUCUGGCAAAUGGCACUUUCUCUGGCUGAUCGGUAAGGCGGAACGACUGAUGCAUUAGGCGAACGUGGUGACGAUAUCAUAUGGGCUCGCUGGGAGAUAGAAUCCGAAUUGGAAUCAGUUUCCGUUAUACUUUCUUGUUGCCUCACGAUAUCGACGGACGGACCUCGCAUACCGCCAUGUCGUUCUUUUGGAACAUAUCCCAUACUGUCGUUGUCGGAACAUGCUCAUUCAAAGAUUUACGUAAGGUAGACACUGUUCGAAGCCUUUCAUUG